AUGAUUACUGAAAAACCGCCAAAAACGAAGUCAAAAAAGGCGGAAAGGUUAGAAAAGCAAAGCCAAGAAUACUUAAAAGAAAUUGAAUUAGCCAAAUUCCACGAAGAACGUGGCAAAAUUAAAUGUGAAUGCUACCAGUGCGAAGCCCAGAAGGAAAUCCAAGCAGAAGUAAAAGCCAAGGUUAAAAAAGAAGUUCGCCAAGCUGAAAAAGAAUUUGAUGAUUUUUGA